AUGGUGGAAAAAGUGGUUUAUGUUCCUUGUGAACUCUGGCGCCACGUUGAUAGCUCUCCCAGUAAUUGUUUGCUGACACAAAAUGUAAAUAUCCCCAUACGAGCCUCAACUUCUGUAUCCGUCACAAUGGAGCUGGAAGACGUGGAAAUGUUUAGAAACGGCAGCUUCUCGUACGACGAGAACGGCACGUACAACGCAACGUUCGAGAACUGCCCACACAUCAACCUGCCCGUGGUGUACGUGGUGACGCAGGUGCUGUACGCCCUGGUCUGCGUGGUGGGGCUGCUCGGCAACACCCUCGUCAUCUACGUCGUGCUGCGCUACUCCAAGAUGCAGACCGUCACCAACAUGUACAUCGUGAACCUUGCCAUCGCUGACGAAUGCUUCCUCAUCGGCAUACCAUUCCUGAUUACUACGAUGUCUCUCCGAGCGUGGCCGUUUGGACGUUUCAUGUGCAAGGCCUACAUGAUAUCCACCGGGAUCAACCAGUUCACUAGCUCUAUAUUCUUGUGCAUAAUGAGUGCGGAUCGUUACAUAGCCGUGUGCCACCCGAUAGCCGCGCCGCGACUGCGAACGCCAUUCGUCUCCAGAGUCGUGUCAGCUGCAGCAUGGACAGCAUCAGCUUUGGUGAUGACGCCUAUAUUUAUGUACACGACACUCAUACCAACAGACAAUGGUCUCUCGUGCAACAUCGUGUGGCCGGAGCGGGAGUUCAACAAAGGUCAGACUUCGUUCACUCUAUAUUCGUUCGCGCUCGGUUUCGCCGCACCACUCACCCUUAUCUUCGUGUUUUAUUGCCUCGUCAUACGCAAACUGAAGACUGUCGGCCCAAAGAACAAAUCUAAAGAGAAAAAGCGAUCACACAGAAAAGUGACCAAACUAGUACUGACCGUGAUUGCUGUGUACGUGCUCUGCUGGCUGCCGUACUGGGCGUUCCAGGUAGCUCUCAUUUACUCUCCACCUAACGAAUGCGCCAGUCAGAUCACCAUUACCGUUUUUCUCGUGGCUGCGUGCUUUAGUUACAGUAACUCGGCCAUGAACCCUAUUCUUUACGCCUUCCUGUCUGACAACUUCAAGAAAAGUUUUCUUAAGGCCUGUACUUGUGCGGCUGGGAAAGAUGUGAAUGCAACUCUGCAUGUGGAGAACAGUGUGAUUCCAAGGAAGAGAGGAGGUGGUACGGCGCGUGCGCAGCUGCGGGCGGCGGAGUCGCGGGGAGGGCUGUCGGUGGGCGGGGGCGCCGGCGGGUCGCGCUCCGAGGCCUCAACGGCGCUCACGUCCAAGUCGGUGGCGGCGAGCGAGGCAAUGGCGCUGGAGGCGCGGCCGGCGACGCUGGCGCCGCUGAUAGCCCCGAAUGGGUUGUCGCACACGCGGCUCUGAGUGCGGGCCUCUCGCCGCCGCGAGCCCUCCGCCGCGCUGCUGGAGGAGGACACGCUGAUCGUGUCCAUCGACUAGAGUAGUAAGACUGUCGGACGGGACGCCGUCGGCCGCAGAGACUUGAGCCCUGUCUCUCGGCCGCCGAGCAGCCCACGGGUCCAGUUUUGUACCGGUUCAAGUUUUAAAUAUUAGUUGUAAGGUGUGUGGUGUGUCGGGUGUGUGAUGAACUUGUUCUGUUUCUGUAUAAAGUCAAAAUUGUAUGGAGUCGGUUCGGCCUAGGGUUGUAACGAUGAAUUUACUAAAAUGUAAUUUUUUAUCGCAUAGCGACUGUAAGGUUACUGUUUGUAUACUGUGUAAUUAACGUG